AGUGUCUGAAUUUAAUCCAGACGAGAUGUCACGGUGCGUAACUUUCUGCGGCACUACGAUCGACUCGAAAGCCCACGGUGUCCGCACCCGGAACUUUCCCGAACGCGAACUGCGAACAAUAUACUGCGGAGCUAGCUGAGUAGGAUUACCGGUAUGCCUGCGUUUUAAUGGAGGGCAGGAGUUGGACGGACGUCAGGGUCAGGGAUUUGCAUCUCAUCGCUGUUAUGAAUUUCUAUCUCAAUCCUUCUUUCUUCCAGAUUAAAAGAAAUCGUGAAAUCUCAUUGACAUCAAUAUAGAUUAUAAAUAUAAGAAGAGGGAGAAGAGGUACUACUCGGUCUACUAAGCCUUUCAAGCCAAUAAAGCAACUCAAAUUCUACACUUUGGUGUGAAAGAUGAUGAUGCUGAAUGAUGGACGGUUCUCUUUGAGUAAAGGGAUCCACCUUACAAUAUCUCGUUUUAUCACCAUCUUGAUGAGCAUUAUGGUGGGCGGAUUCUUCACAAGUAUUGCUCUAGCCCUCAUCUACAGCUUCGACAAGACAACAUCUACGCAUUGCCAUGUCAAUAAUUACCUUCCGUCGAUAAGUGCAGCCAUCUCUGAGCCCCCCUCAAGCUAUGUCUGGAGGUUUGUGAUCGUUUUAUGCUCUGGACAGAGGCUCUUCUGUGUGGCAUUCCACUACUGCUUGUAUGCAAGCGUCAAUUCCGACAAUGUAUUCUAUCCGCUUCUAUGUAAAGUGUGCUUUGGGUGCGAGCUGGUGGAAAACUUUGCCCUUAUAGGGUUGACAUGUGUGUCGUCUUCUGAAAACUUUCCUAUUCAUGAAAACAUGUUCAUUCUUUUCCAAGUAUGUUCAAUGGUCUUCAUGCUUCUGAUGUGUACGGUACACAAACUAGCGAUAAGCAGUGAGAUUCCCCCAUCAAGAUCAGAGAAAAAGACUUUAAAUUGGUUGCAUAUAUACUGUGCAACCAACAUAUCAUCAUUCUUUAUUGCAAUAUACUUCUACUUUAGACACAGCAGUCAUUGUGAGACCGGAGUGUACACCCUAUUUGCAUUUUUCGAGUACAUCGUUGUACUUAGCAACAUAGCAUUCCACUACAUCGUGACUUUCAACUUUCAAGAGAGAGAACUUAUACUGGGUAGCAGGAUUCACGGCAAAUUAGAUUUUUGAUGAAGACAACUCGCUUCACCUCUACCUUCCAACUCUGAUUCUUUCAUCUCUGCAGAAAAUGUCAACUCAAUGUAUUUGUUCUUGACAAUAGAGGGAGACAUUCAAUUCUAACAGGCGCGUGUCGUGCACGCAUUUAUGUGCGUAUACUACGCGGUAAAGGAAUUAGGACGAAUUUAGAAGAUCAUCUCAAUAUACGCAGCGCCUCAGCUGGGUGAUCGACGAUUGGUCAGCGUACGGUACAUUUUGUUUUAAUAUACAUGUACUUUAUAAAGCUUGAACUAGAUUUAAAAAUUUGCUUUUUUUAUUGGAAUAUAUUCCACUGUGCAAUGCCUUUUUAAUCUAUUGAUAUUUCUCUUUUUUUUAUCCUGUUUCAUUCUCCAAAUCUGUUAUAGCACAAUCAGUUUUACAGAGUCAGACAAUGUAUGAAAGAAUGCUUCUUAUUAUUCUAUCUUUUUAUGUUUGCAGGAUGAUAAGGUGUGCAUUUUUUGUACUGCCUUUUAUUCCAGAUGCAACUAUGAAAAUACAUAUAUUUAAUAAGAAGGAAAGAAAUGCACCACCCAAUGAAUGCAUUAUCACUGCUUUGAGUGACUAUGUAAAUAUUUGUAUAGAUAGUGCAUUGAUUGAAGUAUUGAAAUUUCCAAUUCCAUUGAGAAAGAACUUAGCUUCUCAGAGCUUAAAGUUCAAAAUUAUUUAUUUUUCCUAGGAAUAGGUGAUAAAGGGGCUGUCCAAGUAGCAACAACGACAAACAAACGAAGAGGAUGUAGGAUGUGAAGAAAACACAAAAUAUUAAAACCUGUUUAAGCCCGUCAAAAUAUUUGGUGUAUAUAGUCAAUAAUAAUGACCUAGACCAUUUAUGUUUCAUCUCCUGUUCCAAUCUUGCAAAAUUCUACCUAGAGUAAUAAGAAACCAAUACAAUCCAUUUUGAAUCACUUUGUAUUAUUCGGUUUUAGCUUGCCAUUUUAUAUUUAACUCUCUAUUAAAGUUCAAAUGAUCAAAAUGCAAUGAUAUAUUUUUGUGAUGAUCCAAGGCAUUCAAUCUGCUACGCAUUAAAGGCUAGGCAUUAGGGAACAUGGCUGAGAAAUUUAUUGGUCCCUAGAUAGCUUAUAUGUUAACAAAAAAGGCUUCUAUAGGAAUUGAUUGUUAUUGCCACAACUCACCAGAAAAAAUAGAUAUUAGAUAGAUAGAAAGAUAGACAGAUAGAUAGAUAGAGAUGUAAAGUGCUUAGAAAUUAAAUGUAUUACUAUAUGAUAAUUAUUUUAUUAUCUUAUACUCUCUACUUAAAGGUUUAGAUUUGCACCCUAAGUUCAACACUACGCAGCAGUACAUGACAUUUUAAGAUGCAAUAUUGCACCCUGAGUGAAAAAAUCAUGUAAACUUGCACCUUUUUGUUCUUGUUUGCAAUUAGAAAUGGGCGAUUCCAUACGUGUUGUACGGGACAUUUUGUCAACAAUUUCUAGUCUCUUAGCUGAUUGCUUGAGCAAUGAAAAAUUAUUAUUGGUCAAAGGUAUAGUGGGUAGUCAUGUGAAAAACUGAUCACCAACAAAAAAUAUUUGAUUAUGGCUGAAUUAAGGAUGAACAUGUUGUGUGUUGUACGGGACUCAGAAAUGUCCCGUACGACUCGCAACAUUUUCACCUCUAAUUCACCCAUGGACAGCAUAUUUUCGUUGGUUGUCAUUUUUCCAUAUGUCUACCAAGUAGUACUCUAUUAUUACCACAAAACAAAUUGAAGUUCUUUGUUUGUUUGGACAUAAGGUUGAAAAAUGUUGCGAAAAUAGCUGAUUUUUCUAGCAUGGAAUCGCCCAAAAGCUCAUUUGUAUCCUUAUCUUUUAGGGUUCAACAUUUUUUUGUACGUAAAAGAAGUGCAAAUUUACACCUUCUUUUAUUAAGGUACAACUCAACACCAUUUAGAGUGCAUAGUGUAGCGUAUUGCACCCCAAUUUGUAGUAUCACAACAUUCACAUGUAUUACACUAAUCACUUAGUAAAGCGUAUCCCAAAUAUUUUGCCAAAGAUCAAAGAAUGGCAGUAUGAUCACAAGCGUUACAUUUUUGUCUAUUUUUGAUAGACAAAGAUCAAAUGACCCUCAUGAUGCAUAUAUCAAAAUUCACAAUAUAUCAUUAUCAAUACCAAAUCAAAAGUAUGAAAGACCUUAUACUGCUGUCAUGGAAUUGGCGCCAUCUUAAAUGAUUUGAUACUUGGUUGUACUAAAGGCUGAAGUAUGUUGUGUCUGAACUAGUGACCAUGUUUUACAACCAUUAAGGAAUAUUUUUGUACAUGCAGUAAGAUGUGAUUAUAAUGUGCAAUGUUUUUGUAUUAAUUGGUAUUUGAAAUGUUUUAAUGAAAUUGGUAUGUUUAGAGAUAUUUUUCAUGUGUGAACAUAAUGAUAUGAAAGGAGUUACAAAGAUGCACCUGAGAUUGUUUGAUUCAAGAUCAGAUUGAGUCAAGUUGUUAUCAGUUAUGUAGUAGUUAGAGUAAGUAGUAGUAGGAGUAGUAGUAGUAGUAGUAGUAGUAGUAGUAGUAGUAGUAGUAGUAGUAGUAGUAGUAGUAGUAGUAGUAAUAGUAAUAAAAGUAGUGAUUACUUCUGCUUCUACUACUAGCAGUAUUAGUGCUUAGUAGUAGUUCUAGUAGUGGUAGUAGUAGUAGUAGUAGUAGUAGUAGUAGUAGUAGUAGUAGUAGUAGUAGUAGUAGUAGUAGUAGUAGUAGUAGUGGUUAUAUUAAGAUAAUAGUAGUAUCAUUAUCAUAACCAGCAUCAUCAAUAUCAUCAUCUUCUUAUAUUCUCUCUGUACAGUUAAUUAAAACGUAACAUUUAAUACUGUACUUAAUACAAGAUUUGUUAUAACCUUGUAUUAAGGGUUUACUUUUCCAUCAACUCUUUACCCUUUUAAUUAUAUUUGAUAAUAAUUUGCGAUAAAAGUAUUCAUAUUUGUAUACUUUUGCGUCCUAAUUCAGUGGUGUCUUACAUUCCAUUCUUGAACAGAAUAUCAUUAUGUACCAUAAUUUUUAAAGAGCAGUUUUAUAGCAAAGUAAACUGGCUUGAUGAAAUUUCAUUUGUUUAAAAAAAUGUGCAUAAUAUUUGCACCCAAUUAAACUUCAUCAUACUGUUGUUGAUAACCAUUGAAAGCUAGAGGAAAAUAGUAUGCAUUGAAGAAAGUGUAAAUUUUCCCGGAGUUUGUGUAAUACAAUAUUAUGUUAGUUGACAACUAAAUUUAUAAAUUGCCCAUAUCCUUGUCAUGCUAUGUACUUUUUAAUGAGAAACUUUGAUUUCUGCCGUUUGUGAUGAUAGAACUUUGAACUAUACAAAUAAAUAUGAUAAUGAAAGUCAUUAUGUCAUCAAGCUUGGGGGGGGGGGUUGUCAGGGAACAGAUCGAUAUAUUUUAUUUAUGAAGAGAAGUCUUUGUCAAUGGAAUUGACUCAAGAAUCAUGGCAAUUGAUGUUUAGACAAUUUUCGCAAUAGCUUCCAUGAUCAGUGGUGAUGUUCUUAAUAAUGAAUAUGUACAUGUAUGAUUACGAUGUUCUUUCAAAGUGUGAAGACCAACGGAGAGAAAAAUAAAGAUAACUUGU